AUGCCCGUGUGGCUGACGUGGCUUGACGUGGCAGUCAACUUCUGCUUCCUGGCGGAUCUCCUAGUCACGUUCUUUGUCGCAUUCAAAGACAAGCACACCUACACACUCGUUACAAGCCACUGGAAGAUCGCCGAGAGAUACUUAUUAUCCUACUUCCUCACGGACCUGCUCGCGCUCUUCCCUUGGAACACCUUCUACCAGCUGGUAGGUGCCAGUGGGGCAGCCAACCUGCUGCAGUGGCUGCUGUGGACUCGAGUGCUCAGGAUGCGACACCUCUUCAGAUACUUCCGCAGGUUACAGCGCGACAUCCGCCUGAGCUACUUCGCAGUCCGCUUCCUGAAGCUGAUCAUCGUGGAGAUGUACAUCACGCACGUCGCCGGCUGCUUCUUCUACUACCUCGCCACCACCAUGCCGCCUGAGGAGCAGGGCUACACCUGGAUCGGCUCCCUCACCCUCGGCGACUUCUCCUAUGAGAACUUCCGAGAAGUGGAUCUGUUCACGAGAUACGUGACAGCGCUGUACUGGUCCGUGGUGACCAUGGCGACGAUUGGAUAUGGGGAUAUUCAUCCGGUUAACCCCAGGGAGAUGAUCUUUGCCAUGUUCUACAUCACGGUCGACCUCAUUCUUUCGGCCUAUCUUAUCGGAAACAUCACUGCGCUGGUGGUGAAGGGCAGCAACACCACCAAGUACCGGGAGCGCAUGGCGCAGGUCAUCAAGUACAUGAACCGCAACCGCAUUCCCCGAGUGCUGCGCCACCAGAUGCGCCAGCAUGUGCGCCUGCAGUUUGAAACCGACCAGGUGGAGGACAACAUAUUGAACGACUUCCCUGUGAGCAUACGGCACAAGGUGGCGCGGGCUUUAUACCGGCGGCUCGUGGAGCAGAGCUACAUCUUCCAGGGCUGCUCGCCUGAAUUUAUUAACCAGAUCGUGACCAAGGUAACCCCAGAGCACUACUUCCCUUCAGAAGUCGUCAUUCAGCACAGAGACUCCCCCGAGCGCCUCUACAUCAUCUGCUCGGGCAAUGUGGAGGAGACCUCCCCUUCCUCUUCUGCUGACGGCGGCCGGCACUUCUCAGAGCUCGCCACCGGCUCGAUGUUUGGAGAGGUUGCAGUGCUAUGCAACAUUCCACAGCCCUUUGACGUCUCAGUCAUCGAGUUCUGCCAGGUGCUGCGGCUGGAGAGGGAUGAUCUGAACACGGCAAUCAACACCUUCAUGGUGGAUGGGAGGAAGAUAGUCGACAACUUGUUGGAGCGCACAACGGAGACAGGCAGCAAGUACGCAUUGCUGGCAUCGGAAAUCACGUCCCUGAUCGCCCAGCAGGAGGCGGAGCUGACGAUGACGACCAUCUAUGCGGCCUCGCGGGGGGACAUCGAGCAUCUCAAGAGGCUGAUCAAGGCGGGAGCGAAUGCAGGGAAGGCGGAUUAUGACGGGCGCACGCCAUUGCACCUGGCAGCAGCAGGGGGCUAUGAUGAGGUGGUUCGCUUCCUGCUCCUGGAGGGUGCGGAUGUGAACAGCAUGGACAACUUUGGCACCACGCCGCUGCUGGAGGCACUGCGGGCUGGGAAUGACUCGACUGCUAAGAUCCUGACGGAGAAGCAUGGCACUGUGAACCUGCAGGUGCGUGCGUGUGUGCUGCACUGGCCCAUGCACAGGCCCAUGGUAUGGGGUUGGCGUGGCCCAUGGUAUGGGGUUGGCGUGGUGGGGUGUCCUUACACGCUGCUGGAGGCACUGCGGGCGGGGAAUGACUCGACUGCUAAGAUCCUGUCGGAGAAGCAUGGCACUGUGAACCUGCAGGCACUGCGGGCGGGGAAUGACUCGACUGCUAAGAUCCUCACAGACAAGCACGGCACUGUGAACCUGCAGGUGCGUGCGUGUUCGCUGCACUGGCCCAUGCGCAGGCCCAUGAAAGCAGGCACGGAUCGGUGCAAAGCGGUGAUGAGGGGUGACAUGGGACUGCUGAGGAGACUGCUGAUCAACCCCAAUGCAGCCGACUACGACCUCCGCACACCCCUCCACACUCCCCUCCCCUCGCUCCGAAGAACAGACCUAUGUAACGCUGUCAUGCGAGGCGACACGGGGUUGUUGAGGAGGCUGCUGGUCAACGGAGUCAACCCCAAUGCUGCCGACUACGACCUCCGCACGCCCCUCCACAUCGCAUCCGCCGAGGGAUUCGUCCAGGUGGCGCGUCUACUGGUGGAGCACGGUGCUGACGUGGCAGCACUGGAUAGGUGGGGCAAUUCGUCGCUGGAUGAGGCGCGCCGAUGUGGCAGCCUGCCAUUGAUCCACCUGUUGGAGGAGGCCAUGCGGGAACGGGGGCUACUGAUUGCACAGGCCACCGCCCCCCUUCCUCCCCCUUUCCCCAACUCCCACUCCCUCACACGCUCCCACCCGUCCCCCCUCCUCGUCCCUGCCGAUGCGGACUGGGACCGAAUCACCGAGGAUGGCUCGGCAACUCCCCGGAUUGGCAUGUCAGGCUCGGCAACGCCCCUCCUGAGUGGGCCCGGCACGCCCCAGUGGAGAGGAUCGGGAACGUCGCCUGGGAGGGCGCAGUGGAGACCUCUUGGGGGUGGUGGGGUGAGGAGGACAGGUGGCAGGGCUGGAGGGAUGGGGUAUGGCGGCGGCGCCGGCGCCGCUGGUUCAGCUGGUGCGGCCGGCAUGGGAAGAUUGGUUCCUUUGGGACCCAAGAGAAUCACGGUGUUCCCCUUUCCCCCAUGGGAACUGAAGCCUCAAAGAGUUGGGCAGCUCAUGCCACUUCCUCCGUCCAUCCCUGACCUCCUCUCAACGGCUUCCAGCAUUUUUGGCGCGUCUUUUGUGGCACCCGGCAAUAUCGAGGCGACUGCCACACUAGGCGAGGACUCAGGAGAAGACUCAGUGGUAUCGGAAAGCGACUCGGGCGUAGCGACGUCGAGUGUGGUGUCUGAACUCGUGGCUCGAGUGGCGCGCGAGCCGAUAGAAACUAUAGAAAGUCUAGACCUGUCGCGUGUGCUUGAAGCGGAAGUGGGACCGAAUGGGGUUUUAACGGAAGGGGUGGCGUCGGCGGUGCUGGUAGAGCUGAGCCGCGCGGGCAAGAGUCGACACGCUCUGAAACUCUUCGACUGGCUCAAGGCACGGGCAUUCCUCCUGUCCACGUCAGCACACACCGCACUGAUCGCCGCAUUGGCGCGCAGCGGGCCGUACGCUGACGCGGCGCGUGUUCUAGCGGGCAUGCGCGCCGCGGGGCUGUCUCCCACCGUCCACGCGUGCACCGCCGCCAUGCAGGCCCAAUCACGCGCCGGCAGGUGGCGGGCGGCGCUGCUGCUAUUGGAGGAGAUGCGAGGCAUGGGGCUGAAACCCGAUACGAUGGCUUAUAACGCGGUGCUCACUGCGUGUGGACGAGCUGGUCGCUUGCAGGAGGUAUUAGCUGUAUACCAGGCCAUGCAGGACGACGAAUGCCGCCCGUCUACUGGCACACGCGCAUUGCUCAUGAGCACGUUCGUCCGCGCCAACCGCUGCGACCUGGCGCUGCAGCUCUUCUUUGACGCCAGGCUGGCAGGCCAGCCCGUGACUCCCGACAUGCACAGAGGACUGAUAUGUGUUGCAUCUAAGGUGGGUCGCUGGCCGCUCGCUCUUGACCUCUUAGACGAUCUCCUUGCCACGUGGACAGACCCGGGGGAGGAGGAACAGGCGGGCCUCUUUGUUUCCCGUUUUCUCCACCACGAACCGUCCCUCCCUCCCUCCCAUUUCGUCGUCCACGUGAUUCCACUAUCAGACGAUCUCCUUGCCACGUGGACAGACGCAGGGGUGGCAGGUGAACGGGCAGCAGGAGCUGCUGCGGAUGGUUCACGAGCAGCUGCAUCGGCCGAUUCGCGUAUGGAGGGUAUCCCUCCUGUUCCGAAAAAAUAUUUUGAGGCUAGGCAGGACGAGGGGCCUCCUGCUGCUGCUGCUGCUUCUGGUGGUGGUGGUGAUGCUGCUGCGCCUGGUGCUGGCUCUGGCAGGGGCGGACCCAGAUCGUCCGAUGCUGGGAGUGGGGAGCGGUGGGAGGGGGGGAGCACGUGGGGCGAGGUUUUGGGAGCGCCCAACUCUGCUCUGCCGUUCAACGCCCUCAUCUCGUCCCUUGCUCGUGCAGGUAUGCUGCCUCAUCUCCCUCUCUAUCUCCCCCUCUCUCGCCCCUUAUUUCUCACUCUCUCGCACUUACAGCUCCCUCAUCUCCCAGCUCGUCCCCCCCAUGUCCUCCCGAUGUCCUCCCCUCCUCCUUUCCCCUCCUACCCUCCCCUCCUCCCUUCCCUCAGAUCAAUGGCAGGCCAAUGGCAGAUCGCGCUGUCAGUCUUUUCCCAAAUGAAGAAGCUGGGCAUUCCCCCGGACCACUUCACGUGGUCCGGGCUAGCUUCGGCGCUGGCUCGGGCGGGAGAAUUCGACCGAGCCAUGGCGUUAUUUGAGCACAUGGGGGAGAGAGAAGGACUUCAACCAACGCUGGUGGUGUGUAACUGCGCGCUGCUGGCAUGUCAGCACAAGGCCAAGUGGCAGAGAGCACUGCAGCUGCUGUGGCGGAUGGAGAGGAUGGGCGUGCAGGCGGAUGUGCGGAGCUACAGCAUGGUCAUCCGGACUUGUGAACUCGCAGGCCAGUCCGAGGCAGCCCUGACGGUGUACCAGCGCAUGCUCAAGGCGGGGUGCAAGCCCAACACCUUCACUCUGGCAUCACUCAUCCGCAUUCUCGGCAAGACCAAGGACUGGCAGGGGGCUGUGAAGAUCUUUGAGUUUCCCGUAGUGCCCACAUUUUUCUCCCCGGAUUUUGUUCUGCCUGGUUCCUCCUACUGA